AUUUGGUCGCUCACCCUCUGCAGACUUUCCCAUUUUCUCAGUCUCUACGCUGAAUUUUACUACAGUUUCCUUCGUAUCCCUGUCUGGAAACAUACUGUAACCAAAACAAUGACCAUGGAACUGACAGACGAUCAGCUGAAAGUGGCUGAGACAGAACUGAAAAGAUACUUACCUCGAUCACAGCAGAUGUACGGGUUUGUGGUGCUCAGAAACAGGGUCGCAUCACACCGUUUGCAGAUUGUCGUGGACAAAUGGCCAAAGUUCAGCGUCAUGAUCUGCAAACCACCGCGUGGACAGGAAAACAAUCCCUUCAGAGUCAUAUUUUUCUUUGCGACCGAUGAAGUUAUUCUGGAGGAAACCAUAAAGAAGACUUCUGUUAUUGACUGGACCAGGCAGUUUGGUCUAGGAAUCAACCUUUCCCAUCUGGAGAUAUUAAAAAAAGUGGCAUCUGAGAAAAACGUGCCCUGCAAGAAGAUAUCAGUGUGUCACAUGAUGAGACUAGAGGAUGUCUCCAAGCUUCCCUCUAUAGACAGCUCCAGGAUCUCACUAAGCUCCCUGGAUGAAUCACACAUUGGUUUGGUGAAUGACACGUGGAAGUUUGGCAAGUACGAGGGAGCUGUUGGGAUGAUCCGCAGCAUGAUUUCAAAGUUCCCCUCCUGCUGCGUGCUGGGUGCAGACGGACGGCCCGUGUCGUGGAUCCUCACCUACGACUCGUGCGCCAUGGGAAUGUUGUACACUGUGCCGGAGCACCGAGGGAAAGGCUACGCCAAAGUCCUGAUCAGCAGCAUGGCCAAGAGACACCAUGCCCUGGGCCACCCAGUGUACUGCUUCAUAGAGGAGGAGAACACGGCCUCCUACAGGCUCUUUACAAACCUGGGCUUUAUCGAAGAUCCCUCUUACAGGGAAGCCUGGUUUGAAUUUAAUGAAUAUUAAAUAUUUAGUGAAAGUAAGACUUUCCAAUUAACUGCUGAAUAUCUAAGAAUAAUAAGUUAUGGUUUGAGUCUGAGCUCAUUUCACUUGUCUUUGAAGAAUAGAAAAUUGGAGAGUUAAACUAGAAAUGCAAGUCAGAAAUGUGGUUAAAAUGUUAUUAUCUGUAGCCCAUGUACUGCACUUGAACAACUUAUAUUUUCAGUGAAUGCAGAUCUUUCCAGACACAGCUCAUCUCUUUUCUGGCAGUGUACUUGAAGUACCGGCUCUGAAAUGAAAAAAAAGAAUCAAUCUUAACAUCAAUUAUAUGCAUAUAUAGAUACAUUAUUUAAUGCUGAUUGGUAAUUAUCCAGACUACUCUGACUGUGUAUAAAUUAAAUUCAAUCUUCUGGGGACACAUUUGGUCAUUUCAAGGAACAUUAGUAAAUAUUUGUUCAAUUAACAAUUUGAUCUUU